AUGGAAAAGCACCAGACAGCAGCUUCCAAUGAAAAUGAAGAAAAAGAACCAUUCCCGCUCAUCGAUGGUAUACGCUGGGUGCCUGAGUGGGGCUUAGAAAGUCUUUAUUUUGCUCUCUCUUAUCAAGCCAGGGCAGAUGAUCUCUUCAUAGUAACUUAUCCGAGAAGUGGAACAACAUGGAUGCAAAACAUUGUGUAUAAUCUUCAGACGGGUGGACAACCUUUUGAUGCUGAUAGAGACCACUUUUUUGAGCAAAAUCCAACUCUGGAGCUAGAUGGUGAACUUGGUAUUGAAAUAAUGCAACGACCGGGUGCAAUUAAAACUCAUUUACCGAUGGAUAGAGUGUCAAAUCAUCCACUAGCUAAAUACAUUUGUGUAAUAAGAAAUCCGAAAGAUGUUUGCGUAUCGUACUAUGUAUUCUAUAACAUGUUGGGUGAAGUGCCAAAGUUGGAGUUCGAUCAAUUCUUCCAAUAUUUCAUCGAUGGACGUCUACUAUUAAACGACUAUUUUGAAGUACUUCGAUCGACAUGGCAGCGACGCAAUGAAGAUAAUGUUCUACUUGUAUCCUACGAGGACAUGCGAACUGACCUUCGAUCUGUGAUAUGCAAGGUCGCCAAUUUUAUCAAUAUCGUCUUGAGUGAUGAAUUACUUGAACAAGUGAUGCAACAUUCAUCAUUCGAUUAUAUGAAAGACAAAUUUGAUGCUGAACGACGAAUGUUUGAAGCGAAAAUUAUCGAGAAUACAGAAGAUAAAAUAGCAGCUGCACAACGUCGUGAGAAAUUCAUAGCUGAAUCAGAGAUGAAAAUAGUACGUAAGGGAGAAAUAAACGAUUGGAAAUCCUUCAUGACGCCAGAACAAAGUCGUCGAAUUUAUGAUCGUUUUAUGGCAACGUGCAAAAACUGCGAAGGAUUGGAGAACUACUGGUCAAAGUGGAACAUUUUUUAA